UAUAGUCUAAUCACCGUAAACCUGAUAUAUUCGCUAUGGCUGGUGCUUUAGAAAACGCUCGUAAGGAGAUCAAAAAACUCUCGUUGGAUGCCGACGAAUCACUCUACGGCCAGAUCUACUCCGUGUCCGGACCUGUCAUCAUUGCCGAGAACAUGAUUGGUUGUGCCAUGUACGAGUUAGUGAAGGUUGGCCACGACACAUUGGUCGGUGAAGUGAUUCGUAUAUCUGGUGACAAGGCUACGAUUCAAGUCUACGAAGAGACAGCCGGUGUCACUGUCGGAGAUCCUGUUUUGAGAACUGGUAAGCCGUUAUCCGUUGAAUUAGGACCUGGGUUAAUGGAAACUAUCUAUGAUGGGAUCCAGAGACCAUUGAAGGCUAUUAAAGAGCAAUCGCAGUCCAUUUAUAUCCCCAGAGGUAUCGAUGCUCCAGCCUUGUCGAGAACUGUCAACUACGAUUUCACUCCCGGUUCUUUAAAGGUAGGUGACCACAUUACUGGUGGUGAUAUCUUUGGUUCCAUCUACGAGAACUCUUUGCUCGAUGACCACAAGAUCUUGUUGCCUCCCAGAGCCAGAGGUACAAUUACCUCGAUCGCAGAGGCUGGUUCGUACAAUGUAGAUGACAAUGUGUUGGAAGUAGAAUUCGAUGGUAAAAAGCAUUCGUACUCCAUGAUGCACACCUGGCCUGUCAGAGUCCCCAGACCGGUAGCUGAAAAGUUGGCUGCUGACUACCCCCUUUUAACUGGUCAAAGAGUGUUGGACUCGUUGUUCCCCUGUGUCCAAGGUGGUACCACAUGUAUUCCUGGUGCUUUUGGUUGUGGAAAAACGGUUAUCUCGCAGUCAUUGUCUAAAUUCUCGAAUUCAGACGUCAUUAUCUAUGUGGGCUGUUUUGCCAAGGGUACGAAGGUCUUGAUGGCAAACGGUGACGACAAGAAUAUCGAAGAUAUUGCUGUUGGUGAAGAAGUCUUGGGUAAGGAUGGUCUUCCAAGAGAAGUUGUUGCUUUGCCAAGAGGUAGAGAAACUAUGUAUGAAGUCUCUGAGAAGACUCAACAUAGAGCUGAAACAGUCUUUGGUACUGCCUCUUACACUUGUAAUGCUACUCACAAGUUAGUUCUUCAAACUAACCAGAGAGUUAACAUUACAAACCACGUGCUUAGAGGUGAAAGCCAAACUUCUGUUACUUACUUCCAGAUGAAGACUGCUGUCGCAGAUGGUCGUGAAAUUGAAUUACCUAAGUUAUGUACCAAGUCGUUUCAGCACAGUUCUCAUGGCAGAGAAAAUGCCUGGAAGAAAGCUGAAGUCUUUGCUAGCACGAUUUCAAGAGAUCCAAUCGAUUGGACCGCUGAAGCUCGUGAUAUUUCUCGUUUGGGUUACCACGUUCGUCGUGCUACUAGACAACUUUGGUCUCCUGUCCUUGUUGAAAAGGAAGUCUUGGCACCAAUGAUUGCUAAGAGAGGUUUUGACGAAUCUAUUGCACCUUACAUGGCCUACUUGGUUGGUCUUUGGGUUGGUGAUGGAUACUCGGACAGAGCUACUUUUUCAAUUGACAUUCAGGAUGUUGAAAUCCAUGAACGUAUUAAGGAUUUUGCUAGCCAUGCCGGAUUGACCCCUAGAAUUGCUUGCUACAAGAAGUCCCGUGACGCUACUAUUAGCUUGCACAACUCUGAAACUCGUGGAAAGAAUGUGAGACAGAAUUUGAACACCGGCAACUUGUUGUGGAGUUUGCUUGCCGAAAUUUGUGGAAAGAAGGAGAAUGAAAUGCUUUUCAAGCUGGUUCCUUCAUUCCUUCGUUCCGAAAGUAUUGCUGUUCGUGAAUAUUUUAUUUCCGGUCUUGUUGAUUCAGAUGGUCAUGUCAAGAGGGAUGAAGCCGACAAGUGCUACAGUGCAACUGUCAAGACUAUUUACCCGGCUGUUAGAGAUGGACUUGUUUCUGUUGCUCGUUCUUUAGGUAUUCAAACCUCGGUCAGUGUUGAGGAGGCCAAGGAAGUGAACUCCGUCAAGCAUCAAGAAAGCUAUGCUAUCUAUAUGGCCAAUUCCUCUGCUUUGGAUUCUGUUCUUUCCAAGUGUGCUGCUCCUCGUAAGAGAGCCGAGGAACCUGUUUGUGUUAACCGUGAGCCUCACCCUUACACGUUCCACAUGGUUGAGAAGGAAGAGGAUGACUUCUAUGGUAUCACCCUUUCUGAGGAUUCCGAUCAUCAAUUCUUGUUGUCGAACUUGGCUUUAGUUCACAAUUGCGGUGAACGAGGAAAUGAAAUGGCAGAGGUUCUUAUGGAGUUCCCUGAGUUGUUUACUGAAAUUAACGGCAGAAAGGAACCCAUCAUGAAACGUACGACUUUAGUGGCCAAUACCUCUAACAUGCCAGUGGCAGCUCGUGAAGCCUCGAUUUAUACUGGUAUUACCUUGGCUGAAUACUUCAGAGAUCAGGGUAAGAACGUCUCCAUGAUUGCCGAUUCGUCAUCUCGUUGGGCUGAAGCCUUGAGAGAAAUCUCUGGUAGAUUGGGUGAAAUGCCCGCUGACCAGGGUUUCCCAGCUUAUUUGGGUGCGAAAUUGGCUUCUUUCUACGAACGUGCAGGUAAAUCUGUAGCUUUGGGUUCUCCAGAAAGACUUGGAUCUGUUUCAAUUGUCGCUGCUGUCUCUCCAGCCGGUGGUGAUUUCUCCGAUCCAGUCACUACUUCUACUUUGGGUAUUACUCAAGUCUUCUGGGGUUUAGACAAGAAGUUGGCUCAAAGAAAGCAUUUCCCAUCCAUUAACACCUCGGUCUCCUACUCGAAGUAUACCAACGUGUUGGACAAGUACUACGAUGCCAAUUACCCUGAAUUCCCAGCAUUAAGAAACAAAAUCAAGGAAAUCUUGUCUGAUGCUGAAGAGUUGGAACAAGUGGUGCAAUUGGUCGGUAAGUCUGCCUUGUCUGACUCUGACAAAAUCACCUUGGAUGUCGCCAGUUUGAUCAAGGAAGAUUUCUUGCAACAGAACGGUUACUCCACCUACGAUGCAUUCUGUCCUAUUUGGAAGACCUUCGAUAUGAUGAGAGCUUUCAUCUCGUACCACGACGAAGCUCAGAAGGCUGUGGCCAACGGUGCCCAAUGGUCCAAGUUAUCUGAGUCUACUUCUGACGUUAAGCAUUCGGUUUCUUCUGCCAAGUUCUUUGAGCCAUCCAGAGGUGAAGCUGAGGGAAAGACCGAAUUCAACACCUUGUUGACUUCGAUUUCUGAAAGAUUUGCCGAAGCUUCCGAGUAAGCUCUAACAUUCUGAUUCAAUUCAUCUGACUUGAUUUUAAACUUAUUUACUUUUAUGUAUUCACUUUGCUUAUUUCCUUUAGAUUACGAUAUCUACUAAGUUCAAUAUAAAGACAUUCUAUAAA